UAUACACCACAAACCCAUUUUUUUUUCCCAACAACAUGAAUAACUCAGCACCCCAAAUAAAGGAAGACCAGGCCAACUACAGUCUCUCACUUCGUAACCUUGUACUUUCCCAAUGGGAUGCACUUGUUAAACGUUUUGUGGGAAGCAUUAUGAACGAGUUAAAGGGUAACCCAAGUGAUCAAUCGUUUCAGGGGAACAUCAGAUCUCUUUCUGAUGGAUCACCCAUUUGGCAUCCUGCGACGGAAUUACAGUGGGAAUCAGGGUUUCCUACCUUUGGAGACCUUCUUCAAGCUAAUGGGGAGAGCAUCAGAGAGAAGUUGGCACAAGUUACUGGUCACAAUACUACUUCUGCCCAAGACUCUUUUCUCGAAUACUUGGAUCUUCUUAAUUUCAACCGAUUGGAAGGAAUAGCAUUGAAACAGAUAUACGCCCGUCUUACUAACUCAGUUAAAGCCCAAAAUGCCAGUCUUGUUUUGCCUUAUACCGAUGACGGUAAGCCUGUUACUUUCACUGAGGAGAUAACUUCACUUGAAAGUCUCAGACACCCAGCACUUCGCCUGCUUUAUAGACAAUAUGGGUUUACAGGUGCAGCAACCUGUGUAUCAAUUAUACAAGCGCUCAAACCAAUUUUCUUCGUACAUCACAGAGAUGCUCAAUCAUUCUCAAGAAUUUUUGCACGAAUGGGAAACGACAUGAUUAAUAUGAUCAAUACGACGAGUGAUUUGGGUACUGUGAUUCGUGAAGAAAUGACUGGUAUGGAAGAGAGAAUGCGUACUGAAGUUGACGGUUUACGUACUAUGAUUCGUGAAGAAUUACCCGCUCUAUUUGUUCACCAAUUAACUGUUCUUUUCCAGCAUAUUCUUCAACAAUUAAGUACUCGGGCGCUUCAGAGCAUUGAAAAUCUUCAAACAGCUCAACCUAAUGCAAAUACUGGUGAUGAUGCUGCUGAUGGUAGUUAGAAGAAUGAAACGAGUCAGGCUUUCAUUCUCCGAGUACUUGCUUUUGCAAUUAUUUAAUUGAACAGCAAGCCCUUGAGUCUGAACAGCCAUUUUAUCCGUUGUCACCAACAACACAAAUAUAGAUAACCCUGUAAUUGUUUAGUUAGGGAAUAAAGUGUUUGGUUUAUCAUUCAGCACAAUCCGGUUAUUGAGGUAUCCGCGUAAAGAACCAAGUUGGUUAUCCAUGGUGUGGACGGAGCCUCUUGGGCCAAAGCUUUGUCAGUGUUCGUGUCUUGAGUGAAGGGCAGAUUCUGAGGCCAUUAAAGUAAAUCCAGAGAACUCGUGUACUCACAAAAUUCUGGCUAACUUCUACCAAGUAAAGUGUACCUGAUACUUAUGUUUGUUCCAACACGUUAACUCUGAGGCCUUAUAGGACUACUGUUAUAGACUUUGGAGACUUUGCUAUAUAUACUUCUAAUUUGCUAGCCAAACAGUAAAGAUCUUAACCGUGAAAUGAGCUGUAAGAUCUCCAAAAAAAACUUCUACCUGCUAAGUCUGAAGAAAGUCGC